AUGCCUAACAUGUUUGAAAGUCUGACCGAUGUUGAAGGGCGUCUUUUUAAGACCAUCUCAACUAAAACAAUGACAGACAAGUGUCCUUCGAAGGAUCAAAUGUUUGUAACUCACAACCUGUCUGUGUCUCUGUUACGAGGACAAAGAUCUUCUGCAGACAAAUUAAAUCCUGAAACAGUACCAUCUGCAAUAACUCUGACGUUGAAAAAGAUGGGAAAAAACAAAGUGAAAUUCAAAGGAAUAAAUUCUGGAUACUUUAAACUCAUUUACGACCACCAAAAAGGACAGUAUGCAAUAAUUGUAAUCUUUAUUGAAGCAGGGACAUGGACAUAUAUUUCAACACAGAUCUGGGCAGGAAGUGAGCAUCCAGCUGUUUAUUCUUGGCCCAAACGGAGAGAUUACCAGACAGAAUGUUAUCGUCUGCUUUCCUUGUCGGUGAUACGGUUAAAGAGCUUUACACCCGAAGAAUGCAUCUAUCGGUACAAUUAUGGUCUAAAAUCUGUAAAUUGGAAAAAGACUAAGCGUCUGCAAGGAGAUGUGUUUGGCCCUUGGGCCCUGGCGGGUACGUAUAAUUUUAAAGAAGCGGCUCAUCUGCAACCCAUUAAGAUGGAAGAGUGUAAGGACUCUCUCGUGUGGGAAGGACGCGUCUUUUGGGAUGAAUUGGGGUGGGGGUCAGAUGUGACUUCGUCAUUUGUGGGACAUAAAUAAAAGAAGGUAAAAAAAAAAAAUGUGGACAUGGCACGACAUGUUGUUGGUUUACUACAAGAUGUAGGAGAGUGAAUUCAAGUGAUGCACAAUCAAUUUGUAGCGGAAGAAUGCUAACCGUUUUAUUUUCUCAAUUUUCCUUUUUUUUGUCUUGUAGACAUUAGUCACCAUGACAAGAGCAUUAAGUAUGGAAACCGAGUGUACGGGCUCGCCGUCACGCUCCAAAAAGAAAUAGCUUCAAGUCACAUUCGCACACGUGCAAAAGGACAGUAUUUAUUCAAGGAGAUACUCCAACUAAAAGCGAGGGAUUGCGGUGAUAUCGCCAUUGAAAGGCAUUUUUUUAGGGGAGAUUUUCCAUAUUUUUUAAUUUUUUUUUUUUAUUCUUUAUUAUGUGAGUGAUUUUAGCCGGUUUAAAUUGUACUUAUCAUAUAACGAAUUCUCCUU